CUAGACACGCCCUCUGGCUAAAUAAUACAGGUUCAGCUUGUCAGUGUUGUAGAGAAGACAGAUUUGUGGUCAGGAAGUGCCGGGGGAUCGCGAUGGGUUCCAGAUCUUCCACACUGCUGAGGGACGAGGAGUUAGAAGAGAUCAAGAAGGAGACUGGAUUCUCUCACAGCCAAAUAACCCGUUUGUACAGCCGGUUCACAAGCCUCGAUAAGGGAGAAAACGGGACCUUAAGCCGGGAAGAUUUUCAACGAAUACCAGAACUGGCAAUAAACCCCUUGGGUGACCGAAUCAUCAAUGCAUUUUUCUCUGAAGGAGAGGACCAAGUUAAUUUCCGCGGUUUUAUGAGGACGCUGGCCCACUUCCGACCAAUUGAAGAUAAUGAUAAAUCCAAAGACCCGAGCAUCCCCGAGCCUCUGAACAGCAGAAGCAACAAACUCUUGUUUGCUUUUAGAUUAUAUGACCUUGACAAAGAUGACAAGAUCUCUCGGGAUGAGCUUUUACAGGUCCUGCGAAUGAUGGUUGGAGUGAACAUUUCUGAUGAGCAGCUUGGAAGCAUUGCUGACCGUACUAUUCAAGAGGCAGACCAAGAUGGAGACUGCGCUAUUUCAUUUUCAGAGUUUAUGAAGGUUCUAGAGAAGGUAGAUGUUGAACAGAAAAUGAGCAUCCGGUUCCUUCACUGACCACUUAAGAUGGAAUUGCAGCUCUAGAAAAUGUAUCAUAAACUAUAGAACAGCGUGUGCUUUACAUCUCAGUGACCUUUCGAAGACACCAACCCAAACAAAGAAUGCAUGUAUCACACUACUGCGGAUAACUUGUAGAUGUAUUUAUAUUUCCAGUCUGAUAGAAUAUUCCUGUUGGAUACUAAAAUGUAACAUUUUGAUCCUGU